AUGUCCGCCGCCAAAGCCCUCGCCCUUCUCUCGCUCCUUGGUCUGGCCUCCUGCCAGACCACAGUCGGCUUCGGCCCAUACUUCUCCCUCGGACCUACCUCGUCAUGGAUCCGAGAGGCUACCACAACCCUUGUCCUCCCGGACACCCCAAGCCCGCAAAAGGACCGUCUGGCCCUAUGGCCGGGCAUGGGCACUAGCGGAGGCGACCUGAUCCAGGCUCUUGCCGUGUCUUUCGCGGAUCCUGCGGCGAACUGUGGUGCCAAAGCUGGACAAUGGUGCACGUGGGCUAGUACUCUCCAGGGAACACAACUAGGGGGUACCCAAGUACCUGCUAGCGCGGGUGAUAAGCUCACCAUGCAUUACAAGUAUAACGACAGCACCGGCAAGUACGACCAGACUGUGGCCAUUAACGGAAAGAUUGUCUCCACACUAUCUACCAGUUCCGGUCAAGCUCAAGGCUGGGGUACAGCCGUCGAAUGCCAGGAUGAUGCGUGCCACAGCACUGCUGCUGCUCACCAAUACCUUGAUACCAAAAUUAUCCUGAACGCGGCUGACAGCUCGUUCGGCAAUACUUUGGCCAUCAACGAAGCUACCUCUUCCGGAUUUACUACUUCGGACGGAGGCAAGACCUGGACUGUGUCUACUAUCCAUAUUAACUCUCACACUUACAAUGUGUAA